AUGUGGCGCAAAGAGGGGACCGAGGCUUGCCGCCAUGUUUCUUUCCGUUCAUCCAUAAGCCCAUCCCCCCCGGUGCAUGUUCACCGGGAAACCGACCGAAAUUCAUCCAAUUCAGUGGGAAGCGUUCACCGCAUGCAAGGUGGCUAAAGAUGGCCUCACCAAGGACAGUGACUAUCGUGGCCCUGUCUUUCGCUCUGGGUUUAUUCUUCGUGUUCAUGGGGACCAUUAAGCUCACUCCGAGACUCAGCAAAGAUGCGUACAGUGAAAUGAAAAGGGCGUACAAGAGCUAUGCCAAAGCACUGCCAGGCCUGAAAAAGAUUGGGAUCAGCUCAGUCCUGCUUCGUAAAAUCAUCGGUUCUCUGGAGGUGGGCUGUGGCGUGGUGCUCACCCUCGUCCCGGGCAGGCCGAAGGAUGUGGCUAACUUCUUGCUGCUGCUGGUCAUGCUGGCUGUCCUGUUCUUCCACCAGCUAGUAGGAGACCCCCUGAAACGUUACGCCCACGCUCUAGUCUUUGGUAUUCUGCUCACCUGCCGACUGCUCAUUGCCCGUCAGAGCGAUGACCGGCCGGAGAGAGAGGACAGCAGAGAGGAACAGCACAUCAACGAUCAGGAAAAGAACAAGGUCAAGCAGUCUUAAAAAUUCUCUUCUACUUUGGUCCAAGCUACAACGACGGGAAUCUGGUGCACUUCUAUGGAUUGUAGUAAUUCAGAUUUUGUAAGGAAACCGUCACCCCAGUAAUAAUACCCCUCACAAACAUCUCGUGUCUCAUCCAGCCGGCUGACUGAUUACUCUCUUUGCACUCUUAAUGUGAAACUGAGAACUCCUGAUCUCUACAUCCUCUACAUAACCGUGGACAAUCAUACCCGUGGAAACAUCCAUUUCAGUCAUACACUGUGUUAAAUGUGUUUUGUGUUUUUGUCGUUAAUCUAGUAUGAAUUUCAUUUGUUACGAGUUGAUUUGAGAAUGCUGUUUUUCAUGAAAGAAUCGUUGUAGCUUGUUUUUCUAAUUUGUUUUUUAUACUGUAGGUAGGAGAGAUUGGUAAUUUAUGAACUUCAAUACUUCAAGCAUGUUUCAUUUGGCCAAGGGUAUAGAACAUAAACCAAAAUAGACACUUUUAAAGAAUUUUAUACUAAUCAUACGUCAGCUAGUAUUACAUAUCCAUAUUUUAUUUUGGUGCAGUCUUACCAGAACGCCAUUUUAGUAAGAAAAAAAAAAUAGAAAUCCUAGUUCAAUUUUGCAGAAGUAUGCAUGAAAUCCUUUCUCCCAAAGUAAGAUAAGCUAAAUACCCUCUGUCUCCUUUCAGUUCAGUUACCACAACAAAGGAAAGGACAGCUGUUGCUGCCUCAGGUGUCUGAUAACCAAAUAAAAAAAAAGUCUUUUUGCCUGUUGGAAAAUGGAAUUUUACCUUUUGUAAUUCACAUUUGAAGUCUUAAAUGUAUUCAGUGUCUCUUGAAGAUUCUGCUCAUCUGUUGGGUUUUAUUUUCUCUCUCUAAAGAUAUAAAAAAUAAUUCCUAUCACAGUUUUGUUAAGGGAUGAAAACUGUCAGUUUUGAGACUCACAAUAUUUCUGUAAAUUAUACUUAAAAUAAAGACUUGGAGGUGAGACUAAA